AUGGCGCAAUGUACCCCACCUGAAAUGCUGGCAAAUUGUGGCGUUCGACCGGAGGAUGUGGGAGCCGCAGCAAAUCCACCGGUUCGUUCAAGCACCAAGCCAAUCCUUUGGCCUUGGGCCGUUCGUUUGUCGAUAAAAUGGACAAUAGAGAGCAAAGAAAUUUUGUGCGGCGGAACGCUAAUUGGUCCCCAGUGGAUUAUCACCGCUGCGCAUUGCGUCACUGAAUGGCUGGCUAUGAACUUGCUUAUGGAAACGAAUGGGGACGCGGAAUUGAAUAAUGAUACUAUACAUGCAUAUGUUGGUGACAUUGACAUGCAAACGGGAGAAGAGUAUUAUCAAAUAUACUUGAUACAAAGGGUAAUCUUGCACCCGGCUUUUCAACCGGGUAGAGAGAACAACGGUGCCGACAUCGCAUUGCUGUACAUGAAAGAGCCAGUUGCAGAUUAUCCGGAGAUUAAUUACGCCUGCCUGCCAAAUGAGCUCAAUCUUUUGGAAAACGGUGCUGAAUGCCACGCUAUUGGAUUUGCCACCGGUCACGUCAUGAAUGUACAGAGCUUAUUGAGAGGCGCGGGACACUCAAGCACUACACAUCAUAUACGUCAGACAAAUGACGAUGAAUGGAACCCGGACAAAUUGCACCAGCUCAAUCUGACUGUGUUGAGGUCCCAGGAAUGCAAGAAACAUUACAAGAAUCUCCGCGAACAGAUGGUUAUUUGCGCAGCUUCAAAGGGAAAAUUAUUGCAGGAAUUGUGCGCCCCUGAUAGCGGCAGUGGAUUAUACUGUCAGUUACCUAAAAAGAACAGAUGGUUCAUUGCCGGUGUUGCAAGUUUUGGAGAUAUUCAUGCUUGCGGACAGUUCCCUGGAGUUUACACAUCAGUCGUUGCCUAUCAAGACUGGAUUUGGCUAGAAAUCUCCAAAACAAAACGGAAUCGAACUUAG